AUGAACGAGGAUAUCCGAGCCUUCAUUAGAUCAGGGGGAUAUAGUCAUUUAGAUGAUCCGGUGUUGGACAAAGCAUCAGCAAAACUAAGUCUCUUGGAACCUAUAAAUGAUGGACGAUCCUAUCAAUUGCGGAUAGCAACAAGAUGGAAUGGCUUCUGCAUUUUCCAACGGUCACAGCAGGUCUCGAAGCUGAGCUUCUAUUGUUUAUACCGAAACCUCUCACGGCAACGACCACUCCGCACCUCUGCGGGCUGGAUAUUUGAAGGGUAUGCACAUGAUUGGUUCCGCCAUGGAGGUAACUUCGUGGCUACGGAAAUGGGCCCUGGAGAGGAUCCUGAGACUGUGACAGACUUGAGAUUCACGAUUAACAAGUCAAAAUCCAUGUUAACUAACUAUUUCAAGGAUUCCACCGACUUAGACAACCAGGUUCGAGCGUCUAGUGGCAGAGGUAUUGAGCCCUCCGUGAUUGGAAAAUACUUUCUACCAUGUGGCCGAAACUUCGAGUCUGUGGAUGGACUAAUGUUUUCUGGAUCCGACACAUUAAUCGUUUUCCAAAUCACGAUUGCUGCAACUCACGACAUCAAAAAGCAUGGCAUCCGAACCCUCCUACAGAUGCUGCCAGCUGCGAUCAAAAAUCUCCACAUAGUCUUUGUGAUUCCAAGAGAACGUAUAAGGAACUAUGCUAAGGCACAGAAGGUCCCUAAGGCUGCGGAAUUGCGGGAAUUGCGGGAAAGUGGAGCCGGACGUCUGAUAAUCAGGCAGUUCCGACUUGUGUUUUGCGAGGCUGCAAUGCGUGCCCUAGUUCUAGGCGACUGCGAUACUGGAGAAUCCGAGAUGGAUCUAGAGAGUGGCUGGGAUAUCCCGGACUCCGGGAUGAGUGUUCAGGGUGGCCAGGAUAUGGGUGGCUUAGGGACUGGUGUUGAGGGUGGACGGGAUAUUGGAGGACCAGUAAUGGGUGCAGAGGGUCAGUGUGUGGAUGCUGAUCUUGAUAUGAGAAUGAUGGAGAUAGCAUGA